AUGGCUGACUACCAAUCGCGCGAUGUCAACGUCUCGUUCAAGGGCCUCACCACGACGGUGGCCAUUUUUGGCGUCAUCGGCUCCAUCUGCCUCAUCGGCUUCGAGACGUUGAGGCAGCUGCGACGCCUCCCGAAAGUUGGCUUUGUCCCCUUCUGGAAGCACGAUCGCGUCAAGAGGCAAGGUGGCAGGGGUGGUGUCGAUGGCGACAAGAACGACCAAGGGCCCGGCGCGGGCGUAGGCAUCAGGGGCAAGCUGACGUGCGAGGACUGGGAGAUGGGCCAUCUAUACCUGGCGAGGAUGUUCCACGCUUCGACACCAUCGCCACCCAUGGCCAGAUGGCCGCUAGCAUGGACCUGGCAGGCGCUCCGCUUCAACGAUUGGUUCUACGCCACACACACGGGCAUGGACACCGUCGUCUACGUCCGCUUUCUUAGGGCUCUCGUCUGGUACUUGACGCUCCAGACGUUCACCACGGCUCCCAUUCUCCUCGCAGUCCACUUCAAGUUUUCGAAAGGAGCUGCGCUGACAGACAUGACGCGGGCUUCUCUGUCCUACCUCGUCACUAUUCAGACGGGUAAUUGUGAGAAGCCUACUAGCUCAGAAUGCAAGCAUGGACCGAAUCCAGAAGGACGGAGGCUGCUCUGGAUCCACCUCUGUCUCUUGUGGUACAUCAGCAUCACUUGGUGCUACGCUCUGUGGUGGAUCGGCAAUGGAAGCCUCAAGACUCGGAGGCGGCUCAUUGAAGAGAUCCGACAAAAGAGGCAGAAGGCUCACGAGGAAGCAAGGCAGGCAAGGGCCGAUGCCGCGGCGCCACUCGGAGAAGUGGGCGAGACGAUGGCACAGGCACAAGGUCUGCGCCAAGCCGCUACCGGUGCGCCUGCGACCGGCCCCCGAGGCGAUGACAGCGACGGCUGGCGGCAAAGGACGCUGCUCGUGACAAACCUGCCGCCGACGAUGCGUGAUGAGGCGAGCAUCAGGAGAUACUUUGAGGAGUUCCUAAGACCAGAUGACGGCACGCCCUCAUCGAGCGUCGACGACCUUAACGAGACGGUGCGAACCGAUGGACCGCGUCUCGAUGAGGAAGGCGAACAAGGGCAAGAUGGCCCACAGAGGGCUCAGAUCGAGAAGGACGGCAAUGGCGAGAGUGUCGCAUUUUCAUCGAGCGAUACCGACGUCGCCACCAUGUCGCCUGUCUCGCCCGUCAAGACGUCUGGUGACGACGGGGGUCUCGAUCAGGCGACCCAGUCCGGUGGCCAGGCUGGGCUUGGAGGAGGGCCACAGCCAGAUCUCAACCCAGAACGACAUCUGCGAAGCCCCGUGCAGACCGUCGUCCUUGUUCGCAAGAUGAACGAGCUGUCCUCUAUGCUGAGCAGACGCCAGGAGGUUCUCAAUCAGCUCGAGGCCGCGCACAUCAAGCUGGCGCAGAACGUCCUAACAAGGGUGGGAAAGCAGACGACAAAGAUGCGAAAGGAAGAGAAAAAGAAGCGUGGCUUCGCAGGUAUGGGUGGCGUCGGCAUGGGCAAGCUCGACAUGAACCUGUCGCGAAUUGGCGGUCUCAAGCGCAAAAAGAAGGCGGCACAGGAGCAAGCAAAGGCUGACGAUCAUACCGAAGCGGGCGACGUAGAGAAGGACGCCGCAGUUCAGCUCAGCGAAGAGCGGCUGAGGCUCAAUGACCUUGCCCACCGUCUGGCUCGCUUUUCGCCUUCGAAUAAAGGACAUCACCAGCGCGAGGCUCAGAUGCGUGGUGUGUCCGAGGACGGUGACGAAGCCAAUGUCAUGACCGAAACAGUAUGGGAGGCGCUAGCUGAAGUGCCACGGGACCUGCUCGACUCGUUCCAGCCAGUCACACGCCUCUCUUCGCUCUUCCGUGGUCAGACAGUCCCGACGAUCGACUACCUGCUCACCAAGCUCAACCUCCUGACAGCCCUCGUAACCGAGAUGCGUGCGAGACCGCCGAGCAGCUACGAGCCAACAUCAACGGCCUUUGUCACCUUCCGCGACCCACGUCAGGCGCGCAUGGUCUGGCGGGAGCUCAAGUCGCAGAUCGUCGUCAAGGUCCGUCUUGCGCCCGAGGUCAAGGAUCUCGACUGGGAACGUCUGAUGAGGACGAGUUUCACGGGCGACCUAGUCCGAGGUUUGGGUGUCAACUCCUUCUUCUGGGCAUUCACCAUCUUCUGGGUCAUUCCCGUCGGCUUCCUUUCCACUGGUCUCUUCUCUGUCAACAACAUCAAACAGCUCGUGCCCGGUCUUGCGGCCUUUUUCGACCACAAUCCGACCUUUGAGGGUUUCGUUUCCGUUACCCUACCCACAGUCAUUGUCGCCCUGCUGACAAUGUCUGUUCCCGAGCUCAUCUUCCAGAUCAGCAAGCGGGCACAGGGCUUCCUCACCUUCAGUGCCCUCUACGACCAGUGCUUGUGUCGGUACUGGAAGUUUGUCAUCUGCAACGUCGUGAUCUUCUUCUGCGUCGGCACAACAACCGUGUCCAGUAUCUUGAGCAACAUCGGCAACGAUCCCCAGAUCCUCGACAACAUUGCUUUCAGCUUUCCUACGGCCGCGCCCUUUUACGUCUCGUACCUCAUCCUGGGCAUGGGCCUUCACACCGGCUUCGAGCUGUUUGGCUUCAUGGUCCCCUUGAUCCAACACCUCGGUGCACGCAAAGCCGUCACGCCUCGAUCACGCGCAGUCAAGACACUUCCGAGAAACUUCAACCGCUACUACUGGCUGCCGUUUCACAUUCUCAUCCUCUCCAUCGUCUUUCUCUUCGCGCUCCUCAAUCCCCUCGUCAUUCCCUUUGGUCUCGUCUACAUCUGGGUGGCCAUGAUCGUCUUCAAGAAGAACUUCGCCUACACCUACUUUCGACGCUUCAACGAGAAGGAAGGUGUCAUCUAUUUCACUCGGAUCCUGCGCUUCUCUCUCGACGGGCUCCUCGUUGCCCAGAUCGUUAUCCUCAUCUUCUUUAGCGUGACGAAGCAGGAAGCCGUCUACAUUGCCCUGACGGCUGUCCUGAUCCCCCUGACAAUCUCGCUCAAGCUCCUGGCUACGCGUCUGUGGAAGUCGCAGUGCCGUGCAGUCGAAGAUGACGAGGCCAAUGCCCUUUGUGGUAUCAUGGCCCCGUCGACGUCAUCAUCGAUGAUCAAGUCCAGGCAAGACUACGGCGAGUCCCAGUUCCAUGACGAGACGUUCGACUCGCGGAGCCCGCUUGAUGCUCGUGCCAGCGGUCGCUAUCCCACGGUGUUGCCCCCACCAGAGACGUCGUCCGCCAUCGUUCGCGUCUGGCAUCGUAUCUCAAACACCUUCAAUGCCAACGGAAACGAUCGGCCGAGCUACAUUGCCUCUGCUCAGGCGCGCGGUAGUCGACUCAGCGCCAAGACGGUGACGGGUGCCGUUGCCCAGGCUCCCGUCACCCUGAUUGAAAAGACGUCGAAGACAUCAAAGCAGUACGGCGCAGCAGCAAAGACGCACCUGCGCUUCGAUCCAGCUGCAAAGGAGCUCAGCAAGGACGAAGAGGCGCUCGAGAUGGCCAAGGAAAUGGCCAAGGAAGAGGAGUUGGGCAAAAAUGUGACGCAGCUGGCGGCAGCUGGCGCAAAGGAGGCACACAAGGCGUCGACCAAGAGAGUAAACAAGUACCGCACAGCAGGCAGCUCGUCGCUGACACGAGGAGCGAGCAAGAGGAGUGCUCGUAGUGACGAGGCGCCUUUCCUCUCUGGCUUCGAGGCCAUUGCCAACCAUGCGCCAGUGCCCAGCAGCAGUGACGAGGGGGACUCGGUCACGUUUGGCGAUGGCGAACGUGACGAGCUCUUGAACGAUGCUGGUGCCACGCUCGCCCGUGGUCAUACCUACAGAAGAGAACCAAGACAGCCCUCGUACAGCACAACGCUCGUCAAGAACCGGCCUAACGCGGAGCAGUACGCCGAGUUUGGCAUGAUCAGCCACCUCUCAGCUCCCCGGGAGGGCGACGAGUCGCCAGAGAGGAGCGGACAAGACGGCUCCGUUCGAGAUGCCGAGGAUGAAGAGGAGGACGAGGAAGAAGAAGAAGACGAAGGAGACGACGUGAAGGGGCGAUGGCUCGUUCGUCCUCACGCAAAGGUGCGUUGGGACGACACGCCGAACAACCACGCACGAUACAACAAUCCAUUCUACUCUCGCGAGAUGGACCCUUUCUUCCUCUGGCUGCCACGCGAUCCGUUGGCGCCGAUGGACCUUUGUGAUGCGAUCGAGUGGCACGGAUCAGCACUAGUGAGCUCGCAGGGAGGACGGGGACAAGUGGGCGAGUGGGAGGAGGAAGAUGAAGACGAAGGUGAGGGAGACGAAGAGAAGGCCAACAGAAGCGGUGACGGGGAAGAUGGCGACGAUGCGUCGGCACGGCUCAGUGAGAUUGGCGGUACAGAGGAGAUUGCAAUUUUUGGACCUCUGGCCGCUCGACUGCAGGAGGCAGAGGAUGCAGACGAAGCCGUCGACCCUGCUGCAAGUUUGCCGAGGAAUGUCAUGGACGACUACAAGAAGGCCAUUGGCGACCGACCUUCAAGCCAGUCGUCGUUAUCUUCGCCCCAGGGUCAUGGGCUGUCGAGGGACUUUAGCUUCCUCAGCGGCCUCACUCGACGGUCGUCCUCGGCAGCCGGCCGAAGACAGAGCGCCACAAGCGAGUCGUCGGAGAAACCCAACUUCCUCGCAAACUUUCACCGAAGGCCUAGCCAUCAGGAUGGACAGGAAGCGCACGAGGGCGAUGAUACGGUCAAGGCAAUUUCGCCAGCCUCGGGCGAGCAUCAGAUGGUUGCCUCGCCUUCUUCAAUUUCAACAGAGCCUAAGUCCGCUCCAAGUAUUGCGGAGAUCCUCAGCGCGGGUCCGUCCGAGAGCCCGACGCGGGAGAGGAAAGAGAAGCUGGGCGCCUUGGUAGAGCGCAGCGAGAGAACUUCGCUGGCCGAACAGCCGCCGGGCAGCAGUUCUGCUGCCGAUGCCCUGGCUCAGACCACCGGAGCAGGACCCGUACCCACCGGUAUCACUUUCAAGCCUACAGAUGAGCCGGAAGGAGCCCACGACCACGAUCAACGCCGUGACCUCUCGCUUGCGCCUCAUCGGCGAGGCGUAUCGCACGCUACCACGGCCGACAGUGUGCGAAGCGGCCUAUCAGCUGGUGGACAUCACCGCACCGUGACGAUGAGGAAGGCGCUGCAGGCCGAAGUCCUCGAGGAGGAGCGCCGUCGGACGAUCAAGCAGCGUCUUACGAUCAAGAGCCGGCUCAAGAGGCGUGUCAGAAGCGGUAAGUCGGAGGCCGAGCUCGACGGCGACGACUUUGCUCCUGCUGCCGGACCAGAUGAAGAGUCGGCCGUCGGCUAUGCCAAUGACACUAUCAUGGGACGCCACGAGCGCGCGAUCCAGCGCCGUCAGCAGGCUAUGAGCGAUAGUUACGGUGGGACGCUGCACGCUGUGGAGCCGUCUUCUUCGGCUGCCUCGGGCAUGGCAGCCAUGGCACGGAGCAACACGAUGCGCGAAUUGGCACAGUCAUCGCCAUCGAAAAGCAAAAGGAAAAUGGCCGUGGUACCCGGCAGCAGCAAGGGCAAAGGCCAGGACGAGGGCGAGGUGGGAGACGUGCCCAUGACGGAGCUUUCGAAGAGGAAGGCGACGAACGAGACGACGAACGAGACGACGAACGAGACGACGACGGAGACGGACCAACAGAAGUAG